GCUUGAAGCAUAAUCAAGCACCGAACGGAAAGGUUGUUUUGCUAUGUACACCAUCCAUAAAGCCGAUUCCACCCUGUUCACUACACCCACUACCCCGAACAGUAGCGCCUCUGCUGGAAUAUCUCAGCUCUACUUGUAAACCAUCGCGAGGAGGCAUACUGUCGGGACGACUGCCAUAAAUUAUUACAGUUUCCCAAGGUUUUAAGUGAAAUAGAGUGAAAAACUUCACUCUGACGUGCAAGUGAUGUUAAUUUAAUUCGCCUUGAGCGAUUGUGAUAGAAACGAGUGAAACCGAAUGGACAGACGAGUGAACAUCAUACUUGUAAUGGGUGCGUUACAAAGCGUAGAGAAAAGCUUAGAAAAAAAUCGACGCGAUGAAAAUUGACAGUCAAAAAUGUUCUGAGCAUCGAGCAGCACUAUGUAAACAUUAAAAAAAUAAACACGCCGCCCAACUAAAACGUAAAUGUUCAUAAAAAUGUCAAAGGUGAAGCUACCCGUGAGAACAAUUGCUACAUUUGUUGUUUUGUGGACAAUAUUUACUCUGUGCGAUGCAAAUCCGGAUGCAAAAAGACUGUACGAUGACCUGCUCAGCAAUUACAACCGGUUGAUACGUCCCGUGAGCAAUAACACCGACACCGUACUGGUGAAACUUGGAUUACGACUAUCGCAGCUGAUUGAUUUGAACCUUAAGGAUCAGAUUCUUACCACCAACAUCUGGCUUGAACAUCUGGGAGGAUGCACAAUUAUAAGGAGUGGCAAGAUCAUAAAUUUAAAUGGGAUCCUGCCGAGUAUGGUGGUGUGACGGAACUGUAUGUGCCAUCCGAGCACAUCUGGCUGCCGGAUAUCGUACUUUACAACAACGCCGAUGGUGAAUAUGUUGUGACCACCUUGACCAAAGCCAUUUUACACUACACCGGUAAAGUGAUCUGGACACCGCCGGCGAUUUUCAAGUCAUCCUGCGAGAUCGAUGUGCGAUACUUCCCGUUCGAUCAACAGACCUGCUUCAUGAAGUUCGGAUCCUGGACGUAUGAUGGUAACCAGAUCGAUCUCAAACAUAAAAAUCAACUAAAUAACUCCGACAACAUGGUCAAGAUUGGAAUCGACUUGCGCGAGUACUAUCCGAGCGUGGAGUGGGAUAUUCUUGGAGUACCAGCAGAGCGCCACGAGAAAUACUAUCCGUGCUGUGCGGAGCCAUAUCCUGAUAUUUUCUUUAACAUCACAUUACGACGAAAGACGCUGUUCUACACAGUCAAUUUAAUAAUACCCUGUGUUGGUAUUUCUUAUCUAUCCGUACUGGUGUUCUACCUACCGGCUGAUUCAGGUGAAAAAAUUGCAUUAUGCAUCAGCAUUCUGCUAUCGCAAACCAUGUUCUUCCUCCUGAUAUCGGAAAUUAUUCCCUCUACCUCGUUGGCAUUGCCUUUGCUCGGCAAAUACCUCCUAUUCACAAUGAUACUAGUCGGGCUGAGCGUCGUGAUCACCAUUAUUAUACUGAACAUCCACUAUCGCAAACCGAGCACCCAUAAGAUGGCACCGUGGGUCAGGAAAUUCUUUAUACUGCGUCUACCAAAAUUGCUCCUGAUGCGGGUGCCAAACGAUUUGCUGAAGGAAUUGGCUGCCAAUAAGAUAAAUUACGGAAUCAAGAUCAGCAAGAGUAAAUUUGGCGCAGCAUUGGCAGCCCACUCGCAGAUGCAGCAAAACUCGGGUGGAUCCAGCCCCGAUUCAAUUAGACACAUGCAGGGUCGUCCUGGAGGAUGUAAUGGACUGCACACCACAACAGCUACUAACAGAUUCAGCGGGCUGGUAGGAGCUCUUGGGGGUGGUCUUAGUAGUCUCGGGGGCUACAAUGGACUUCCCUCGGUUAUGUCUGGUUUGGACGAAUCUUUGAGCGACGUGGCGCCAAGGAAGAAAUACCCAUUCGAGUUGGAAAAGGCCAUCCAUAACGUUAUGUUUAUACAGCACCAUAUGCAACGCCAGGAUGAGUUUAAUGCGGAGGAUCAAGAUUGGGGAUUUGUGGCGAUGGUAUUGGAUCGUUUGUUUUUAUGGUUAUUUACACUAGCCUCAUUAUUCGGCACAUUCGCAAUCUUGUGCGAGGCACCAUCCUUAUACGACGAUACAAAACCGAUAGACAUUGAGUACUCAAUUAUUGCUCAAAAGCUGUUCAACCUUACCGUGAAGGAUCCGCGGCACGCCUGAGUGUUGGAGCCUGCGUAAAAACGUUCGGAUAUCGGGAAACAUGAUCCCCAAGCGGAACGAGUUUGCAUGCCAAAGUCUUCGCAGUACUACCGAAAAUUAACCUAACCCAAGUAGCUGGGCUUCCGCUGAAGGAAUGUCAAACUGUUCGUAAGUGUUUUCGAAUAAAAUCGAGUAAGCAAUUUUCGCCGUGUUCGUACAUUACAUCACAAUAUCACGGUAUAACUGCACCGUUAGAAAAAAAAACUAUGGUAAAGCUAGUGAAAGUGACUAUCAAUUAAAAUGUAAGACACUUUUUACACGAUUGGAUUAAAUUAUCAUGUUUCUGAUUAUAA